AUGUUUGUGUUCAAAUCCAAGUUACUUAAUGGAAUUUUAUCCAUAGGUGUGAUCACCACAAUCACCAAACUUGCCAAGACCUGCACUCUGCGCCUUACAUCAAACAAAGUUUAUUUCAUCCUCAUAGACAAAAUGGCGAAUGGAGGGGUCAGCAUGUGGUGCAAGUUAAGUCAGGAAAACUUCUUUGAUGAGUUCCAGAUGGCAGGAGUAGCCGCAGAACACAAUGAAAUAUAUUUAGAGCUGACACCGGAAAACCUAUCAAAAGCUUUAAAAACAGCCCAGAAUGCCAAGACAGUGAAAAUCAAGUUGACUAACAAGCACUGCCCCUGCCUUACAGUAGCUGUGGAACUGCCCUCCUUAUCAAGCAGUAGUCACAUCGUGACGCAUGACAUUCCUGUUGGGGUUAUUCCAAGGCUGUAGUCCAGUGUACCUGACUUUGAUGCAAGUAUUUACCUACCAGUGCUGAAGACCAUGAAGAGUGUUGUAGAGAGAAUGAAAAGCCUCGGCACUUCCAUUCUGAUUGAAGCAAAUCUAAGUAGAGAAAUGAACUUAAAAAUAGAAACUGAUUUAGUGUCUGUUACAACUCAUUUUAAAGAUCUAGGAAAUCCUUUGUGGGUAUCAGAGGGCGACUCUCAAAAUUCUACUCAGGACCAAGAUCCAGAAAUCAUGGCUGAAACACGUGUAGACAUCAGGAAGCUCCAGCAGCUACUUGCUGGACAGCAAGUAAAUCCCACAAAAGCUUUGUGCAAUAUUGUAAGCAAAAGGAUUGUCCAUUUCAUUUUGCUUCAUGAGAACAUUUCUCUUCAGUAUUUCAUUCCAGCACUUGUGUGA